AUGGCACCUAUGCUGUUGCUGCUUUCCACCCUGGCUGGCUUCUUCGUGGGUACAGCAAAGGGACAGGCAUUUCAUCCUGGAAAAUGCCUGAAUCCUCCCGUGCAGGAAAAUUUUGAUGUCAAUAAGUAUCUUGGAAAAUGGUACGAAAUUGAGAAGAUCCCAGUGAGCUUUGAGAAGGGAAGCUGCAUCCAAGCCAACUAUUCACUAAUGGAAAACGGAAACAUCAAAGUGAUAAACCAGGAGAUGGGACCUGAUGGAACACUGAAUCAGAUGGAAGGUGAGGCCACUCAGGCCAACCUCACAGAGCCCGCCAAGUUGGGAGUCAAGUAUUUCUGGUUGAUGCCAUCAGCACCAUACUGGGUCCUGGCCACUGACUAUGAAAACUAUAGCCUCGUAUAUGCCUGUACCACGUUCAUCUGGCUUUUUCACAUGGAUCAUGUCUGGAUCUUAGGAAGAAACCCUUAUCUCCCUCCAGAAACAGUGACCUAUCUUAAAGAUAUCCUGACUUCUAACAACAUUGCAAUCGAUAAAAUGACCAUCACAGAUCAAGUGAACUGCCCCGACUUCCUGUAA